AGCCCAGCACACAGGACUCCUGUGCGCUGGGAAAGGGACCACGUAGCACUGCACCAAAGAAUCCAGUAUGCCACACUACAAGUUGACAUACUUCAAUCUGAGAGGAAGAGCAGAAAUCAGCCGCUAUCUGUUUGCCUAUUCGGGCAAGAAGUAUGAAGACCACAGGAUAGAAGCAGCAGACUGGCCCAAACUCAAACCAACUAUCCCGUUUGGCAAAGUCCCCAUUCUGGAAGUAGAUGGAGUUACCAUUCACCAAAGCCUGGCAAUAGCAAGAUACCUUGCCAGAGAAACAGGCCUGGCAGGUCAGACUCCUGUGGAGCAGGCACUAGCUGAUGCCAUCGUGGACACCAUAGACGAUUUUAUGAUGCUGUUCCCUUGGGCAGAGAAAAACCAGGACGUGAGAAAACAAGCAUUUAAUGAUAUCCUCACCAACAAAGCGCCAGAGUUACUGAAAGACUUGGAUACUUUCUUAGGGGAUAACAACUGGCUGGUAGGAAAAUCCGUAACCUGGGCUGAUUUCUACUGGGAUGUGUGCAGCACAACACUUCUGUCCUGCAAGCCUGAGUUGGCAGACAACUACCCCAGGCUUUUGGCUCUCAGAGACAGAGUGCAAGCACUACCUGCUAUAGCAGCCUGGAUCCAGAAAAGACCAAAGACAACUAUGUAGACCAACUGCUCAGACUGGAAAAACAAACAAAAAAAAACAAAUGCAUGUUUAGAGUUUAACAUCACAAUUAAGCGUCAUGAAUUAUUAAUUUUAGAAUCAUUUAAAUAAAUUUGAGAUGGAUAUGCUA